AUGGCCGCCCCUCCGGAUCCGGAUCAGCCGCGGACGGUGCAGUUGGCAGCUGCGAUCCUUCAGCACACAACCUCGAUCGAGUCGUACUUGCAGCAGAAUGGCCUGCCGAGCCCGUCGUUCGCCCCGGGCGCUCCGCCAAAGCUCCCGCUGCCGCCCAAUGUCGAGCAGCAGCUGGCCGCCGCCCUCGGAGCCCUGGACGAGCUGAACGCCCUGCUCCUGGGGCCAAUGGGGUGGCUGCUGAACCAAGUUGGCCAUGCGUACGACCUCUGCAGCCUGCAUGCCCUGUACCGGUACAAGAUCCCGGCGCAGCUGGCCGUGGGCGAGGAGGUGUCAGUGGCCGAGAUAGCGCGGCGGUGCGAUGCCGACGAGGACGCCAUGGCGCGACUGGUGCAGCACGCCGUGACCAACUACCUACUAGUGCGGCCGCGGCCAGGCCACGUCGCGCACUCGGCCACGUCGGCCAUGCUAGCCAACGUGCCGGUGCUGCACGACUUCGUCGGGAAUGUGUGCGAGGACAUGUGGCCCUCGGCCCACAAGGUGGUGCCGGCGCUGGCGCACACGGCCUGGCGCGGGGCUGCCGCCGACGGCGCCACGGCCGCCAAGAGCGGGCGGCCGCCGAACCAGACGGCGCACAACCUCGCCGAGGGCACCGACGUGCCCUUCUUCGAGACGCUCAAGGGCGACCCGGAGCGGGCGCGGCGCUUCGCCAGCGCCAUGAGCAUGCUGCAGACGAUGCCGGGCUUCGAGCCGACAGCGGCGCUCGAGGCCUACGACUGGGGCGCGCUGGGCCACGGCGCCACCGUCGUCGACGUCGGCGGCUCGGCCGGCACCUUCGCCGUGGCUCUCACCGACAAGCACCCCGACCUCCACGUCAUCGUGCAGGACCUGCCUGACGUCAUCGACAAGGCCCGCGCCGAGCUGCCCGCCCGCAGCGCCGACAGGGUCGCGCUGCAGAGCCACGACUUCUUCACGCCCCAGCCCGUCACCAGCGCCGACGCCUACUUCUUCCGCAUGAUCCUGCACGACUGGUCUGACGACUACUGCCUGCGCAUCCUGCGGCAGCUAAUCCCGGCGCUCAAGCCGGGGGCGCGCGUCGUCAUCAACGACCUGAGCAUCCCGCCGCCCGGCGCCACCACACUGUACGAAGAGCGGCAAAUCAGGUGCAAGGACAUUGCCAUGAUGGCCAUGUUCAACAGCAAGGAGCGCACCAUGGACGAGUGGACGGGGCUGGUGGCCGAGGCAGACCCGCGGUUCCGCCUCAGGUCGGUCGUGCAGCUGCCCGCGUCGCCCAUCGGGCUGAUCGAGUUUACCUGGGAGCCUGCGCCGGCGGUGGCGGCAGCGGCAGAGUAA